AUGGGGACUACAAGUUCAUCAUCUGCUGAUGACUCCUGCAUUGAAGACUAUAAGUUCCUGUCACGACUUGGAUAUGGCGGCUUUGGAGAUGUUUUCAAAUGUGUGGAUAAAAGAACUAAGAAGAUCGUGGCUUUAAAGGUCUCCAAUAGACCAUGGGGUCUGGUCAGAGAGGCAUCCAUGCUAAAAAAACUGAUGGACCACAAGCUGGACCAAUGUAAUAUUGUUAAAUUCUACAAUAGUUUUGGGACAGACCGAUGUCUGGUCUUUGAGCCCUUAGACAUCAGCCUCAAGGGACACCUUGCAGAAACCAAGGUUGUCAUGCAGCUGCAAGACAUCCGGACUGUCAUCGAACAGAUGGCUGAAGCACUUGAUGCACUUAAGAAGAUCGGUGUGAUCCACAGUGAUGUUAACACAAAUAACAUUAUGCUGAUGGAUCGUGUCAGACCAUUCAGAGUAAAGCUAAUUGACUUUGGCAUGGCUAUUUCCACAUGUAGCGCAGAGCAGAGCCACAUUGAUCAUGGUUAUUCCAAUAGGGCUCCUGAAAUUAUAUUGAGACUACCAUUUACUGAAGCCAUUGACAUGUGGUCAUUGGGCUGUGUGAUGGGAAAAAUGGUUGUGGGCUCAAUACUGUUCCCAGGAAGAAAUAACUAUGAGAUGCUACAGUACAUUGUUGACCUCCUUGGUCUGCCACCAGCCCAUGUUAUCAAUGUAGGAAGUGAAUCAAGAGACUACUUCACAGAGACAGAUUCUCAACACUGGGAGCUCAUAGAGUAUUGGGGUUUGAGAAAAUCUGACAACAGGCGCUACACAUUCCGCUCACUGGAUGAAGUGAUAACGAUAAAUAAAUCAGAGGCCGAUGAAAUGAAGGAGUGCAUCAACCUGUUGAAGGCAAUGCUUCAGUGGGAUGCCAGAGAGCGAAUUAUCCCCAGUGAAGUCCUCGCCCAUCCAUUAAUUACCAGGAGCUACCUCAACAAGAGCUCUUCCCUAAACAAUUGUUACUCCCAGAUCAAGUGUGUGGUUCCCAGAAACGAGGUUUGCCUUGUGGACGUGGGCAACAUGAGAAUGGCUCUUUGGCCUCAGUUCCCCUCUCGAGCUGCCCCAGUUCAAACGUCUUCUGGCCAACAGCAGCUUUGGCAGAAGGAGUUUGUUUUGCAGAAUCUGUUUAACUAA